AUGACGAGCGAGGCGGUGCAGGCGGCUCUGCAAUCAGGGAGCACUCCUGGGACGAGGGAGCGCAACAAGGCAGAGGAUGCCAUCGUUGCCUGGCGCGAUGAAGGCAAGGUCGAGGGCAACACCGAGGACCUCGCGCGCUUGUACUUGGCGCUGAAGCCUUUGGCGGCCGCGGAGAACAGGAAAGUCACCCCGAACAUGAUGAAGAGUUGGUACGGCGAGAUCAAGAAGGAAGUGGCCGUGAUGCGUUGGGUCUUCAUUCAGACCAAAGAGAAGCUUCCUGUCUUCCCGCCGAAGCUCGAGAAGGAGUGGCUGCUGCGGCCAGACGAGGUGGCGGAUCUGCCCUCCCACUUCGACCCCGAGGAGGUGUGGAUCAUCGACGACGGGUGCCCGCGCCCAGCCUUGGGCGCAGGCGUCUUGCACGUGCAAGUGCGGGUGGUGAAGACGCAGAAGGCGCCCGCGAAAGGGUCGCCGGCGCCGGCGAUCAUGGGCGCCGUUUCGCCAGCGUCCGAGAUGCCGGCUGCCAUGGCGUCGGCUUCGUCGGCCCCAGCAGGCGCCCCCGGCGCGCCCCCCCCGGGAGCCGGACCCGCGGGCCAGCAGGCGCCGAAGCCCGCGGCGAGGCGGGUCCUUGAGAAGCGCGAGUCCUUGACGGAUGAACAAGCCGCAGAGCAGCUCGCGCAGGGCAUCGAAGAGGAUUGCAAGAAUCAGCGCGUCUCUUCGAAGAACAAGGACCUGACGAGCACCGUGGAGGUUCGUUUCCGCAUGUGGCUGAGUCACUUGAAGACCCUCCGGGCCCGCGAGCAGGGCAAGACGGUGGAAGAGUUCGUGGAGUCCUUGGACCAGUACAACAAGGAAUUCCCGUCCUUCGUGGUGAAGUGCUUGUUAUUGACGGAGUGCUGGCCUCAGAUAGAGCCCGUCGCUUCGCAGCUGAAAGACUUGGGCGCGGAGUUCCCGUCUUUGCUCCCUCGACUGGGCAAGGCCAUCGUUGCGAUGUGCGAGCAGGGCUACGACCUCAACUUGGCAACUUUUGAGAUUGAUGGCCUGGCGCUCUCACGGAUGCCGACGCUAGUGCAUUCCCCCUUCGUCGAGUCCUACACCGCCGCCAAGCAAGCCCACCGCGUGAAGAUGCUGACGGACGAGAACUCUGGCAUGACCCCCGCCGCCAAGAAAGACAUGGUAGAGGAGGUGUUGGAGUUGUCAGCGUCUCUUCGGCCCGAGCACUUGCGACUUCUGAAGUUCGCCCAGACCUUCAUGGCGCUGAAUGGAAAGGCCUUGGGAUUUUGGUUACUCGAAGAGACGGGCCGGUUCGACCUGCUCGGCGAAUGGGAUGCCGACAGCGAGUUCAUGAAGGUGAAGCCGUUCGCAGACGCCAAGAGCAAGUGGCGCGACGCGCCAGCCGGAGAGUUCAUGUCUGCAGCCGACGUCAUCAUCAAACACGACCUGGUGGAGUCCGUGAAGUCCCCCGUUGCGAAGGCCGUCAUCGUGGACCUCGUCUCCUUGCAGGCGGCGGAGAACUCGUGCUCGCCCGGGAGCGCGUGGGCCACGUUCGGUCGCAAGCUCUUCGAGGACGUCGCGGCGUCCCGCCUGGGCUUGAAGCGCCCCGGCGUGGAGCUGUCGACCGCUGCCGACAUGCCGGAGGGUUUCCCCGAGUCCUGCCAGGCGGAGCUGCGCGACGUCAUCCUCGGGUUGGCGAAGAAGGCCACCCCGGAGCUGCGCGACUACAUCUUGGGCUUGGCGAAGAAUGCGGCCGAGGCGCCCGCUCAGGUUGCCAAGGGGCCCGCUAAGGUCAAGAAGGAGCUCGCCGACGGCGCGACCGCCCUGGGCCAGCCGGGCCAGGCGGCUCAGGGGCCCGCUGAGGCGGGCGAGGUGACGACGGAGACCGCUCCCGCAGAGCCGCAGGGCGCUCCGGAAGCCGCGUCUGAGGGCGACGGGAGUGCCGAGGUCGCCGAGGCCAUGGCCCUCGCCGCCUACGAGAGCCACAAGAAGCUCCCGCUAGGCACGGCGACGCUCGACCAGGUCGCAAGCUCGAGCGCCGGGGUCGCGACCGCCACGGGUCAGCCGGGCCAGGCGGCGACCGCGGCCGGUGGCUCUGACCUUGCGGCGACGCCUGACGCCGCGCCGCCGCCGCCGCAGGCGGCGGCGGCGGCAGCGGCGCAGCAGGCGACGGCACCCUUCAAGGCGGGCGAUAAAGUCCGCACCAUCGCCAUCAAGGAAAAGGAGAAAUGGAACGACCAGCAGGCUACGGCGCUCAGGAUGGUCGGUUGGGAGGGCAAGAAGUACUCGGUCAUGAUGGAGUCGGGGCCCCAGAAAGGAAAGAAGCGGGAUUACGAGAGCAGGUUCCUGAAGCCGUGGGAGGCCUCGGCGGAGAAGACCCUGGUCGCGCCGGCGGGGCAGUCGCCGGCCCCCUCGCCGGCCGAUGACGAGGCGGCCAGGGCAGCGAAGAAGCAGCGCUCGAUGGAGCUCACGAGGCGCUUGUUCGGGAAGCUCCCGGAGGUACUGAGCAGGGUUGCGGCCCGGGGCAACGAGGUUGCCGUCCACGCUGUCUGCAGCAGCCUCGACGACCAGGACGUGUUCGUGAGGCUCGAGGCACUGGAGGUGCUGCCCAAGCUGGCGCGGAGCAGCGACGAGCGUGUGGCGGCCAAGGUGCGGCUCAAGCUGGCAGACAGGGACCGUCAGGUGCGCGACGCGGCGAAGGCUGCGCUGGGCUCCCUGGGCGGCCCAGACGCCGACGGCGGCGAGCCGGAGCGGAAGACGCAGCCCGGGAGCUGGAGCGAGUCGGGCAAGGAAGUCUGCCAGGACCUGAAGAUGGCGGGCGCGGCGGCCGGCGGCUGCGAGGCGACGUGGGAGUCUCUCAACCAGGAGGUGGAGCGCCUGACCGCCGGCCGGCGGCGCGGCGUGAACUUCUCGGAGGACUUCGCGGUGGACCGCGUGCGCGCGGCGCUGGCGAAGCUGCACCAGCAGCAUUGUCGCCAAGGCGAGGGCGGCGGCGCACUCGCGGGCGCGGCCGCGGCGCGGGGCGAAGCAGGAGACCCGCUUGCGCUGCUGCCCCGCCGCCCGUCGGCUGGUGCCCGCGGGCAAGUGGAAGAUCUGGUCGGGCUGCGCAUCGAGCUCGCCAUGGAGGAGCAACGAUCCCUCAUGCAGCGGGCCAAGAUCGACGAGGCGCGGAUGCAGAUCGCGCGGGCGACCGAGCAGCGGGAUUGUCUCAAGCAGGAGCUGGCGGUCGAGGAGGCGGGGCGUCGCAGCGCCAGCGAGGUCCAGGCGAGCCAGUGGCGCGAGGCCGCCCUGCGCACGCACCUCUGCCUGGCGAGCCUCCGGGCCAAGGAGCAGGAGAUCAGCCAGCUGCAGGCCACGCUCAGCAAGCCUGGCGGGGCUGCCGAGACGGGAGACAGGCCGACCGCCUUCCACUCGGAGGCCGGCCCGCCGAGGCAGCCUGGGCACCUCGCCUGCGCCGCGGGCGCUUCCCGCACACGUCAGGGCGGCGGCACCGGGGGCGGUGCCGACGAGGCGCGACCGCACGGGCUUUCCUGCAGGAUCCUGCAGGAGUGUGCCGGAUCAUGCCAGGCCUGGCUGACCCGGGCCCAGAUUGACCCGGGUCAGUAUGUCGUUACAGCCGCCGCCUGUGGAGACGGAGUUCACGCCGAGCGCGGGUAA